UACCUAUCAACCUCAAAAAACCAUACUCUUAUCUUUAUAUCUUUAUCUUUCUCUAUCUCUUGUCUUGGCCUAAUAAUUAGGUGUAAACAUAAGUGCUUUUCAUGGAAAUUGUACCUAGAUUGACUCCAAUCCUCUUCUCCAAGAACCCUUUAAACCCAGUUCGAAACAAAUAAAAUCCCCAAGAAAAACCGCGCCAACUCGAGGGGGGCACAUAUUCCUAAUUGAUGAAGGUUUCAGUCUUUCAGAUUCAUCAUCAUCAUUCCCCUCAUUUCAUUUCCCUAGUCACCCCUGUUUCCCUAAUUCCCAGAAAAGAAGAAAAAAAAAAAAGGCUCCAGAAAUUAACUCAAUGAACUGAUGAAGUCCUGAACCGUGUCAACUCGGUUGUCAUAGUUCAUCAUUAAUGGUGUCCGGGAAACAGUUUGCAAGGGAAGUGUGAGUGUUGAAAACCAGCGGUUGUGGCAGUUGUGAAUUAUGGUCUUUUGUCAUUAAUGACUUCCUUUCCCCUCCAUUAUUACACCACCCCACAAACACACACACACACACACACACACACAGUCAUUGAUGAUUUUGCAAUGGUCCAAAAAGGGGAAGAAACAGAGAGAAAUGGCAGGGUGUUUUUUUUGUUCUCAUCUUACUAUUCUCAGGAUUGCAUCAUUAAAGAGAACCAUAGUUAGUGAUCAACCAUAGACUACAGACUUUAAUUUUGGUCUCCAAAAUCUAAUAAUCCAUUUCUGCUGUCAUUCAUGAACACUACUAGUAUUUGUUUUUUUUUUUUUUUCCCUACAAAAUAGAUACACAGAGGAAGACACUUGAAUGCACCUGCCUAUGUUGCAGUUUGGUCAUGGCCCACAACCACAACAAUCCCAUAGAUUUCCAUUGAGGAAAUUGAGAGCAAGAAUGGGAUUUUCUUCUUGAGGGGAAGCAAGAUUUUUGUAGUGGAAUCGUGUAUUUUAGGAGGAUUAUGGCUGUUGAGAUCAAGAUUGCAUUUUUAUGCUUCUUGUUCUUCAUCCUGGCGUUAACUCAACAGGUUUUAGGGAGUUCUUACUCGGAAAGGCGGGCUUUGUUGGACCUCCGGGCUUCUCUUGGUAUAAGAGCUAGGUAUUGGCCUAAAAAGGUUGAGCCUUGCUUGAACUGGACAGGGAUUCAAUGCAAGGAAGGCAGAGUUACAGGCAUACAUUUAUCCGGAUUAACCAGAACCCGAUUUGGAAAGCUCAAUCCGAGGUUUGCUGUCGAUUCUUUAACCAAUUUCCCAUUGUUAUCUUCAUUCAAUGCUUCAGGCUUUCCACUUCCAGGGCCUAUUCCAGAAUGGUUUGGCCAAAGACUAGCCACAUUGCAGGUGCUUGAUCUCAGAUUUUGUGCGAUUUUUGGUUCAGUUCCUGAGUCUCUUGGAAAUUUGAGUGGGCUAAUUGCGCUGUAUUUAUCUGAUAAUUCGAUAGCCGGGGUAAUUCCAGCUACAUUUGGGAACUUGAAUUCAUUGUCCACACUUGAUCUUUCAAGAAAUUCACUAACAGGGUGGAUUCCGAGUUCGAUUUCGCGCAUUAGGAACCUCAAAAGUCUUGAUUUGUCCUCGAACUUUCUCUCUGGGGUGAUUCCCGUUGAGCUUGGAUUAGUUUCUAGUCUUAUAUCAUUGAAGUUAGCUAACAAUAGUAUAGGUGAUUCGAUUCCAGCCCAGCUAGGAAAUCUUUCUUCAUUGGUGGAGCUUGAUCUUGGGUACAAUCUUUUGUCAGGAUCAUUACCUGAAGAAUUGGGAAGAUUGAGAAGCUUGCAUAAGUUGAUGGUCGGGAAUAAUCAGCUGGAGGGUUCUGUUCCGGCCAAUUUGCUUCAGAAUCUCAGUUCUGUUGAACAUUUGGUUCUCAGAAGCAAUAGAUUUAGUGGCACAUUUCCUGACGUUUUAGGAUCACUUCCUCAUUUGGUUUUUCUUGAUGUCUCUGGGAAUAACCUCACGGGUGCUUUGCCAAACAUUUCUGCAUUCUUAAAUAACGAUCAAGUGGUUUUCAACUUCUCAAACAAUUUGUUGUAUGGAAAUCUGUCCCUCGGUGCUGGCUCCAUUUCGCUUGAUCUGUCCAGCAAUUUUCUGACAGGAAUGGCCCCUGCGAUUACUAAAAGCAACUUCACUUUGAAUUGCUUUCAGAGCAUACCAAACCAAAGGGCUACAAUGGAAUGUUUACGGUUUUAUGCAGACAGAGCAAUUCCUUUCAACAAUGCCGAUGAACGAUCAAGAGAUUCUAACAAGAGUAAGAAACUUAAGUAUUUAUUGGGAGGAACUUUUGGUGGACUAUUCUUCAUUUUGAUUUUAGGGGCAGGAUUAGCAUACAUGGUGCACAAAUGUGUUAAAAGAAGUGCAACCAGCAGAGGAAAGCCAGAUGCCAAGUCAGUUUCACAAGUGGAAAGAGGUUUACCGCCUCGGCCUUCUGCGAAUUCGCCGGGUCUUGGUGAAGAAUUUACGUAUGAGAAAAUGCUUCAGGCCACAAAUAACUUCAGUGACAUGAAUCUCAUCAAGCAUGGUCACUCCGGAGACAUAUUUCAUGGAAUGUUAGAUUCGGGAAAAGUUGUGAUUAUCAAGAGAGUUCAGUUGCAGUUGCUCAAGAAUGAAAUUUAUAAUGUGGAGUUGGAUCUUUUCAGCAAGAUCAAACAUCCAAAAAUAAUCCCACUUAUUGGUUACUGCUUAGAGCAUGAAGAUGAGAAGAUCUUUGUCUACAGAUACAUGCCAAAUGGAGACUUGUCCAGUGCCUUAUACAGGGCUAAUUACUUGGAGGACAAUGGUUUACAAUCUUUAGAUUGGAUCACCAGGCUGAAAAUUGCUAUUGGAGCUGCUGAGGCUAUAUCCUAUUUGCAUCAUGAGUGCAAUCCUCCGUUUGUCCACAGGGAUAUUCAAGCUAGCAGCAUCCUUCUUGAUGAUAAAUAUGAAGUGCGACUUGGAAGUUUAAGUGAGGUUUGUGUUCAGGGAGCUGAUAACAAGAUUGCCAGGAUGCUGCGGCUUCAGCAAACCUUUGAUAAAGGCACUUCAGCUAUGUCGUCGGCAACUAGCGCGUAUGAUGUGUAUUGUUUUGGAAAGAUCUUACUAGGGCUAGUCACCGGUAAGCUGAGCGAUGACAAUUCAGACGACGAGUUGGAAAACCUCCUAUCCGACGUCAAUGUAUACGAAAAGGAACUGGUUUCGAAGAUAGUUGAUCAGUCUCUGAUCGUAGAUGAUGACCUUCUUGAAGAAAUAUGGGCUGUGACCAUAGUUGCCAAGUCAUGUUUGAACCCUAAGCCAUCAAGACGACCCCAAAUGCGGCAUAUCCUUAGAGCCCUGGAAAAUCCAUUCAGGGUGGUCAGGGAAGAAAGUAUUAGCUCUGGAUGGCUACGGACAAACUCAUCUAGAAAGUAUUGGAGUUUCGCCCUCUUCGGUAGCUGGCGACAGAGCUCGUCAGAUGGCGCCGGUUUGCCGGGGCAAACAUCGAGGAAAGAAGGAAUUAGUGGCCUAAAACAGGCAGGGAGAAUUGGGUCUGGAGGAAGUGGCACAAAUGAAUACUCUUCCUCUUCACAUAAACGAUCUUCCAGUGAGAUUUUCCCGGCGCCGAUUGACAUGCUGGAUGAGAGAACAAGGCAAGGAUCUGAAUGACAUUGCCAUCUGCUCUCCUAGAGAUCCAGUGUAUGUAAGCAUUGUGCCAUAGUUAUAUUCAUUUUUUAGAUUAGGGGUACAUAUCAAUUUGGGAAAAAAAAAAGAAGUGAAACUUUCAAGUAGCCGAUUCUUGUGAAGUGAAUUUUCCCCUUGCCUUGCGUGUAAUGUAAAUAGCCAAUUUGGAGAUCUAAUAAUGGCAAUUGAUUAGGCUUGCCUGAGUACAAUGAAUUUUCUGAUGAUGAAAAAAAACUACUACUCCCUCCGUCUUAAAAUUACUGUUCAGUUUGAGAUUUCACUUUUAGUACGAUUUGAACUAUAAAUGAAAGUACAAACUGGACAAUAAUUAUGGGACAAUGGAG